AUGAGGAACCACUGCGAGGACAUCAAUUUCAAAUACGAAGAGGGGGUCCUGACUACAACACCAUGUACCCCAAACACCGCAAAGACAUACGAUAAGCUGAUUAAGCAAAAAAUUGCUCAGGAUAUCAAGCUCGACGAUAUUUCCCUCUACCAAGUCAGAAAGGUGAGGAGUGGUAAUGAUUGCCAGUCCCACAACGAUGAUAUUGACGGGAAUGGCUAUGUCCGAUCAACAAGACAGCCAAGAGGGAGGACCAUAAUCGCGCGCUGCUUCGGGCUGAACUGGUUUGUACGCCUUGGGAAUCAUCAUCUCAUGGGGCGCGACUUUCGGGACAGAGUACCAUGGCUGGUAGAGACGGUCCGCCCACAGAAUGUGGCCCCGUUCUCUACUGGCUAUAUCGUGGUUCCUGAAGACUUUGACUUAAGCGACGCACAAGUUGUUGAGAAUAUUUGGUUUUUCAAUGACCAUGAUCCACAGCACCUGGGCUACUCGGAGGUGGUCCGCAGAAAUAAUGAUGCUCGUACUAUCAUGCGUCAAGACUUGGAUGGCUGGGCAGUGAUCCCAGGGCAGGCUGGCAGUACAGAUUUCUCAAUUGUAAGAAUCAUUGACAUUUCAGGUUUCCGUGUUAAAGCAGGUAAUCCGCAGUUCAUCAAUCCCGCCCUCUGGGCCCCAGACCGGAACCUCUCGGUCGCUCACGCACCUCAUCUCACACAAGUCAGUCGUCGCAGACUUCUCACUCUCAUCCCCCCCCGUGUCACACCAGAUGACUUGCUCCGCGACCCUAGCAAACUACCGGACAGCUCGCAUGAUCUGAGAACCCAAGUAUGGCAGUGGGUAACCGAAGAAGUUGAAAAGGAGGAUCUCAGGCACUGGCAGGUAGCCCAUGGGAGCGAUGUAUCCCUUAUCUUGUUUAUGGAAAUACAGACCCUGUGCUUUGAAAAAAACAAAGUAACAUGGAUCUACACUACCUACUGUCCUAUGCUGUCUCAUGCUUCAACAUAA